AUGUGCAGACAGGCAGUUGCGCAUCCCCCCUCCCUCCCCCCUCCCUCUUCUCUUGUCGCCAGUGCUUUCUCUGUCCAGGAGCUCACUGCGCAGCGCCGCAGAAGCGUACACACAACUGCCAGCGGCACAGACCGAGGGGAGGGGGUGCCGCAGCUGCUGCUGCUGAUGCCGCCGGCGGUCGUGGCGGUGGUCCUGUCGACACCUCUCCAGCGCAGCACUCGCUCGCUCUUGUCGCGGCGGCUCUUCCUGUUUGCCGCUGUUGCUGAAAUGAACAGGGCCCCGCCCGGUGCCUGCGCCCUCGCUGCGGUCGCGCCUCUAUCGUAUCUACGCCGUCGGUGCACAGCUGCAUCGUCGUCUCCGCCGUUUUUACUGUCGCCGCUGCACGCGGCGUGCGCCUCCGCCACGGCUCGUCGCCCUUUCACUUCCUCGCUUCUCAGCAAACUCGGAGACUCGGUUGCCUCCAAGGUGUCGCGGCUCGCCGAGAACGUCUGGCUAGCGGAUGAAAAACUCGUGACGGAGCCGCGGCGAAAGUUCGAGCCGCAGCGCGUCGCCAACACGAGUCUGGCAGAGCGCCUCGCGGUGCAACGCAAUGUGCGGCAGCGUCUCGUGCCGACGAAGGUUCAGGUUGACAAGUCGCGUCAGUACGUUGAGUUCACGUGGCCUGCGGACGCGGUGGAGGUGAUGCGCUGCGUCUCUCUCGAGGCGGAACCGUCUGACCCGACAGAACCGCCUAGGACCUCAUCUGCAAAAUCUUCGUCAAGGCCUGCUACUGCACCUGUUGCCCGCCCCUCGUCUGCAGGGCCGGCAGCCUCGUCGCAGGCGCCGGAAAGAGCGGCUACUUCUGCUCGUGGCGCGCCAGCUGGAGAACUGACGAGGGCGCCUUUGCCGGCUUGCCACUCGCCUUGCGUCCCUUCUGGCACCCCGCUGCGGACACGCGCACUGGCCGAGUACCUGCGCGCCUACACCCCUAGCACCGACGGGGCACUCGGCGGCAAGGAUAUCAUCAUCUACGGCCGCCGCGGCAUCGCCAUCACGAAGAUCAUUCCCGUCGGCAACUACGCCCUGCGCUUUGUCUUUUCCGACGGUCACAAUGGCGGCAUCUACAGCUAUGCGUACCUUUACUAUCUCACGAGUCCCAGCACCAAGUACGGCCUCAUGCGCGGCUACAUCACGGAGCUGCGGCAGCGUCGCCGCUCGCGGGACCCGCCAAAGCGAGCCCCCUCCAGCAAGUACGCCAAGGCCAUCGCGCAAAGAGCGGCGACAACGCGAAAGCACUAG